CGCUUCUAGAAUGAAGCCACAAGUCAACUUGUUAUCCUAUUUCCUCGACGUCAAAACGGAACGUCAAACAGAGGGGCCAUGGAGACUACGUCAGUGUACAUGUGCUUCCCCUGCUACAAGGAGUUCAACACUCUGGAGGAAGUGCUCAAGCACCAGUUAACGUGCACAGCAGAGGAAGACCAGACAGACCCAUCUGGAACCACCCCUGUUAUUGUCCCAGUGCUCCAGACGCAGCCACAGCUAACACAGGAGACUGCAGUACCACAGAUCCAAGUCGAAUUAGAGUCGCCCCCUGAAGAGCCUGUUGAUAAUGCGGUCCAGGAGACAGUGGUCACCGUGCAGCCUGAGGUCAGUGAAGAGCAGGUGACAGACCAGCCCAGAAUCCUCUACCAGUGCGGGGACUGCGAGGAGCUCUUUAAGAGCCUGGACCUUUGGCAAAGUCACCGUAAAGAAGGCGCCUGUCUAAAGGUCGGCGUUGAAAGCCAGUUGCCUCCUGAGCCACAGUCUGAGCUUCAGAUGAAUUCGCUUUCCAUUUUACAAACCGAUGAGGCUAUCUCACAGGGUGAAGUUAGCAAUUGCACACCCGAACAAGCAGAGGGACUGAAAGUAAAGGAGGAACAGCUGCAAGAAGUUGGAGAGAGUUCUUCUACCCAGAAUUCAGACCCAACAGCACCUGAUGUGACACAGGAAGAAUCUCCCAGGAGGAGAGGGACAGCAAAAAAGCCCAAGCCUGAGCCUGUGCUCCUAUGUGUGGAUUGUGGCUCCUGCUUCGGCCUUGUGUCCGAGCUUGUGGCCCACCGCAAGACACACGGCUUCGAGGAGGCCCUUCACCACUGCACGGUGUGUGGAGAAAGCUUUCUCAAUACUACCCUCUUCCUCUACCACCGCAAGCAACACCGGCAGAAAGGCGAAGGAAGUGCGACGGUGGCGACGACCAGAGUGGAAAAUCUGUGCGAACAGAGCAGCGCGUCAGACGAGCAGGACCAAGGCGGAACUCCGUCUGCCUCGUCCGUACAGCAAGCAGAGUUGUUCCUCUGCAUCCAGUGCGGGGCGAGCUUCAAAGACGCGACCGAGCUGGCCACGCAUCGCAAGGGGAAGCACGACCUGCACACGCCGCUUCACAGUUGCUCUUACUGUGACCAGACCUUCAUGAACACAACCCAGUACCUGUACCAUCGCAGGCAACACCGCGUCAUGGAGUUUGGGCCCAUAGAUGAAGUGGACACGGGUGAUGAAAUGGCCACCUCUCAGGAUGCACCGCAGAGCUCAAAGCGUCCCCUUUCCUCACCUGUUGCUAAUCAGUUGGAUGCACCGUCUGCUAAGAGAAGCAGGCCGAUUUUCAGGAUUGUGAGCAAAGGAAACAAGGAUUUAGGCUUAAAGGAGGACAUGGAGGGUGCAGCUUUAGUGGCCUCAGACACCGCAAACCUCCCACCACCAGCCAAAUUGCUGCAGGACUGGUCCCGCACAGCUCUGCCCCAUGUGUGUCCGUACUGCGGAAAAACCUUCACUCGACGUGUCUUCCUGCGCACACACGUUUAUAGUCACACAGGAGAAAAGCUCUUCACUUGCAAGGUGUGUUCAAAGUCCUUCACCAACUCGCAGAGCCUGCUGCGUCACACCAUGAACCACUCUGGCAACAAGCCAUUCUGUUGCAAUGUGUGCGGCAAGAACUUCGCCCAGGCGGCAACCCUGAAGAGGCACCAACUCAUUCACACAUCGGAGCAGCCUCGCCGCAAGCGUGGACGCAAACCGGUGGUUGACGUGGACACCGACGGAGGAGAUGCUCCUUUCUCGUGCCCCCUCUGCCCUUCACAUUUCAAUACUGAGGAACAGCUGAAUCAUCACAAACUUCUCCACACCAGCCACCCAUUUCCAUGCCCAGAUUGUGGAGAAGCGUUCAGCCGCAGGAAGGACCUCGACCUGCACUCUCUCACUCAUCAAGACAAGCAGCCCGUCACCUGCCCUCACUGCUCAUCAGCGUUUAUAAACCAGGCUGUGCUGGACAUCCACCUGCAGCGCUGCCCGACCUCUGCGGAGGAGAGGAACACCGGACGUGGGCGGGGCCAGGGCAGAGGUCGCUCCACUGGACAGAUGGAGUGCGACCUGUGCGGCCACCGCUGCAUGACCCAGGAGAGCCUCGACCUCCACCGCCUGUCCCACACGGGCCAGACGCCGCUCAAAUGCCCGGUGAGGCCUUGCCGGCGCCGCUUCAUCUCCAACAAGGCGCUGGAGGAGCACGUGGUGGCCCACUUCCAAGGCAAGCUGGGGAAGUCCAAAAGCCAGGUCCGCUUUGAGUGUCAGAUUUGCCAGAAGGGGUUCGCCUACAACUCCACCUUCCAGGUUCACAUGAGGACCCAUACGAACGAGAGGCCCUUCGAGUGCACCACCUGUGGCAAAAGCUUCCGCCAGCUGCCCCACCUGCAGGACCACGAGCGCAUCCACAGCGGUGUCCGGCCUUUCUGCUGCUGGAUCUGCGGCAAGAGCUUCAGUGUGGCUGCCCGCCUCACCGAGCACGCCCGCACCCACAGCGGCGAGAAGCCCUACGCCUGCCCGCACUGCCCUGCCGCCUUCCGCUCCCGCUCCAACCUGGACAAGCACAUCCGCCAGCAUGGCGACCUCCCGGCGGAGGCCGCGGAGCAGCUGGCCAACGCCACCCAGCAGGCGCAGGUCCAGAAGGUUUUGGAGGGGGCCAAAGUGCUCUCUUCCAUGGCUACCACCGGAGUGGAGGUGGACAGCGGCAGCGUGCAGACGAUAUAUGUGCUGCAGGCGAGCGAGGGGGGCGGCGAGGCGAUCAUGAUACCGGCCGAGGAGCUCAGCGGUAUAGAGGGAGCGUCGCAGAUGGUCAUCCUGCCUUCGUCGAUGCUGGGGACGCAGGGCAUCAGCCUGCCCACCAUCACCAUGGACGGCGGCGAGAUCACCAUGGUGGAAGCUACACAGUCCCCGCAGCACGCCAUCGAGUUCAUCGUGGAGGAGACGAUAUGAGCGCAGGUGGUGUGAAAGAAAUCUCUGGCCUUUGCAUUUUAAAACCCAAACGUGUUUGGAUUGCAGCUUUACACAUCAUGAAGUUAAACAUCAGAGUCCAAUUGUACAGACAUGCUUUCACGAGGGAAGACCACCUCAUAAAGUGUCCCCUGUUUUCCUUCCAAUAAAACUCCUCAGCAGCUCCUCAGGAGCCUUUACUGCUGUCACUUGCCUCUUCUGGCUAACCACUGUGGAGAGAAAUAGCACCCAGCUCAACGGCAGUCCAAGUCAGAGAGCAUCUUCCAUCACCCCCCUUACUGUCACUUGCUAGCGGAGGAGUGUGUGAAGUAGUGUGUACCGUAUAGAUCAGCAGUCAUUUGGCGGACAUUGUUAUUGAUUGUUUUUGUCCUCUAAUUAAAUAAAUUCUAUUAUUAUAAAACCAUGCAUGCUACACUUGUGAUGAUUUGUGCUACAUAAUGCAGU